GAAUUUUGAUCGUGCAGUAGACAACCCUAGUUCCACCCCGUUCAAUACGGCAAUCUUCUUUGUCAUUCCUAUUACCGAUGUGAUUUCCCAUCUUGCUCACAUCCGGCGCGCGGCAGUCUCGCGGCCUGUGUUUCAGUGCACACUCGCUCCUCAAGAAAAGAGCGGGAAAAUAUUUAUAUAAAAUUAAAUAGGCAGUGUAGUGUUUUUCGACUCUACGAAAUGUCGCGAAAAAAGAAACAAGAAGACAAAUAUGACAGCGAAGCCUUAAACUCGGAAAUGGAGGGCGACAACGUCAGCAAAGACGGGGGGGCUCUGGAAGCCAAGAUGUCCUUGCUGAACGGGUGCACGGUUAUCGUCGGCUCCAUCAUCGGAAGUGGAAUCUUCGUAUCGCCAACUGGAGUCCUCAAGUAUACAGGUUCCGUGAACGCUAGUCUUCUUGUUUGGAUUGCCUCAGGAGUUUUUAGUAUGAUCGGCGCCUACUGCUAUGCUGAACUUGGGACGAUGAUCAGGCUAAGCGGCGCGGACUACGCUUACAUCAUGGAGACUUUUGGACCGUUCGCUGCUUUCGUGAGGCUCUGGAUCGAGUGCAUGAUUGUACGGCCUUGUUCGCAGGCCAUAGUUGCGUUAACAUUCAGCGUGUACGUGUUGAAGCCUCUGUUUCCGGAGUGCGACCCUCCCGAAGACGCGACCAGAUUACUCGCGGCUUGCUGCAUAUUGUUGCUGACCUUCGUGAAUUGCUGGUCGGUACGCGCAGCUACUUUGGUACAGGACUGGUUCACGUACGCCAAGCUCCUGGCACUUUUCAUCAUCAUCGCAGCCGGGAUCUAUCAACUGUGCAGAGGACAAGUGGAACACUUCACGUUUGAGGGCACAACGUCGGAUGUCACUUCCAUAGCUCUAUCGUUUUAUUCUGGAUUAUUUGCCUAUAAUGGAUGGAACUACUUGAACUUUAUAAUAGAGGAGUUGAAGGAUCCCGUCCGCAACCUGCCCCGCGCCAUCGCCAUCUCGUGCGCGCUGGUCACCAUCGUCUACACGCUCACCAACGUCGCCUUCUACACCACGCUCUCGCCCACCGAGGUGCUGGGCUCAGCAGCGGUAGCAGUAACGUUUGCCGAGCGCUUGUUCGGUUGGUUCGCCCUGUCCAUUCCGUUGUUCGUAGCCGCCUCCACUUUCGGAGCUGUUAAUGGUGUUCUGCUGACUUCUUCUAGGUUGUUCUACGCGGGCGCCGCGCAGGGCCAGAUGCCGGCCAUGUUGACGAUGGUGACGUCACGCGCCACGCCCGCGCCCGCCGUGCUGGCCGUGGCGCUGCUGUCGCUGCUCUACCUCACCGUCUCCGACAUAUACGCGCUCAUCAACUACGUCGGAUUCGCUACCUGGUUAAGUAUUGGAGCCGCGGUACUCUGUCUGCCUGUGCUGAGAUACACGAAGCCAGAUCUCGAUCGACCCAUUAAAGUUAAUCUGUUCUUCCCGGUGAUCUACAUCAUCUGCACGAUCCUGGUGGUGGCUGUACCGGCGGUGGCGUCACCGGCCGAGACCGGCAUCGGCUGCCUCAUGAUAUUCACCGCUGCGCCGGUCUACCUGCUACUCUUGCACCCCAGGACUAGAAUUAACUUCCUCGCUAAUAUUAUGCACGGCGCAACCUACUUGGUACAAAAGCUAACGCUCUCCGUUAGACCGAAAACGAAGUGAACAAAAUCGCCUUGGGAAAGAACAUAUCCUAACAAAGUGCAAGGUUAGCUCAUUACACGCGUAUCAACAAGUUUGACUGUCUUUAACAACAACUAUAGUUCUUGCCAAACAUCUCUUUUAUAUCAAAAGUCAUUCCUCAGCUUGUUUUUUAAGCUUGAACUUAUUUAUUUACACGUUUUUAUAUUGUUUAUUUAAGUUUUAUAAAUAUUUUAAUUGUGAUGUAUAUUUGGAUGACAUCAUGCUGCUAGCACUGACUUUGUAGAACAUUUGUAAGUGCGCGUCUUAUAUUAUUUAGAAAAAAAUAUAUAUAUGUUUUUUUCUUAUCCAACAUUUAAUAGCACAUCGUCCAUGAAUAAAUUAAUGGUCGUUUUUUUAAAGUAUUUUUGUAUUUUUAAAAGUUUGGAUUAAGAUUUAUAAUUUUAAACCCUUAAAUCUACUACUACGCGUCUGUUACUACGUAAUAAUGUAUUAAAAGGGAACUAAAAUAAAAGACACGCUUGAAAUAUUAAUUUUACACAAACGAAUAUAAAAAUUUAAAUGUAUUCCAAUACAUUUAAGAGUUAAGAUCAGAUAUAGUUUUUUGCGUGGAUAUGAUCAACCAUUAAUAUUAUCCACACAAAUAAGUUAGCAGGUGCGUGUGAAAUGAACUAAUCGAUGACUUUAGUACGAAAACGACUUAGAACAAAGAUUAGAAGUGGGAAAUUAUUGGAAAAGAAAAAGGCAGUGAAUCAUGCGCCUUAAAUCUUAAUAUAGAGAUUUAUGCAACCUUGUCGCGCUCUUACCAUGAAAUAUUCUAUACAAAAAUGCGAUAUAUAAUAAAUAAAAACUUCAGAGGUGUCAAGGGACACCCGGAUGGAACGAAGUUCCUUUCGAUUAAUUAGUGAAGGAAUUGUAAUUUUUUUUUUAAGUUAUAAUAAUAAAUUACGGCAUUAUGAAGAAGAAAAAAACAAUGCUAUGAACUAAAUUACUAUUGUUGAAACGCUAUCUCGAGAAACUGUACUCAUUACGCGGACCAAUCGGAUACGAGCAAUGUCACGCGAUAAGCGCCUACACGUUGAUUGGUCAGAAUGACGGAUCUAAAAAGUGUCGUGACAACUUUUCGUAAGAAUUUUUUCCAUCUAGCUCCCUUUCACAACGCGCGAUAAGGAACUUCGUUCCAAUAAAUAACUAGAUUAUGACUGAGCUUUUUUGGGUUUUUUUUUUUGAUAACUCCAUCUUGUUGUGUCUUUAAAGCAGUUAGUUGCUCUCAAUUAAGAAUAAUAUUAUUAUUCGCCAAUAGAUGUCUGGAAGAGUCAUAAAGUUGAUUAUCGAUAAAGUUGAUUAUUGAAAACACGAAUAAAACAACAUUUUCUGAAAAUAAAUCGUAGCUAGAUCGAUUUAUCGCCCCCGAAAUCCCCUGUAUACUAAAUUUUAUGAAAAUCGUUGGAGCCGUUUCCGAGAUUCAGAUUAUAUAUAUACAAGAAUAGCUCGUUUAAAGGUAUAAGAUAAGUCUUUCAAUAAAUAAUAUUGUUUGUUCACAUAAGUCGUUCUCGUUCUAAAGUCACGAUUGAACUAAAUGCGACAAGCAAGUAUCUAUAAAUUUAUAAUGAAGUUGAUGUAUAUUUAAUCGAUGUUGGAUUCCAUGUUAGCAUGUGUAAACGCAUUAUUAAUUUCAUUCAAUUUACGAACACCGUUUACCUUGGCCAUCGUUGCUCGUGGCAAUAACUAUGUCAAUAUUAAAAGAUCAUGAAUAUACGUCAAUUUAGUGUUGCUUGCGUUAUGAAAUCUUACACACGCUCUUGUAGCAGUAGCUUUGGUAGAGUGAAAGUUUUGAGGACUUUAUGUGAUAGUCUGACAAAUGCUAAUUUAAUAUAUUCAGUAUCGUUGUAUUUUAAGUUUAAUCUGCUUUAGUUUUUUUUUCAAUGGUUCUCUUUGAAUUGACAUUGACCGUAUGUUAAAUUUGCAUUAAAAUUGUUUUAAACUAUAUUGAGGGUAGGUAUAGAUAAGGAGUACCAAUAGGGGACAAGUUAAAAAAGUGUCAACAUGUAAACAGCAAGCUAUAGUUGGAAGAAUCACCGAAAUAGCGCUAGUGUGGAAAGUGGAAAUGAUAAUAUGAAUAUAGCAGUUUUAAACAGAGUCAAGUUUGCUGCGUUGAAGUGUGGUAGUUUAAGGCGCUUUUAAAAUCUUUCCAUUUGCUACAGUGGCGCCAUCUUAAUUGGCUCUUUGUCAGCGGACACUUUGUAAUUUACAAAAUUGUCCUCCUUAAUUCUAUCCUCCAAAGUAUUACAAAGCUUCAAUUUAAAAAGAUUUUAGUACUACAUUUUUAUGGUAGAGUUCAUCUCGAUCGAGAUUAACUAAGACUCUAAAAAAAUCUUUUAAUACAGAACCUUAUUUACGUUAGAGAUAAAUUGAAUGAAAUUAAUACUGAAUCUUUAACGGUUCGUGCUUUAAGUGUAUUGAGUAUUCGUAAUUGUUUUUCGCUAUAGUAGAGAUUGUACACGAACAUACUGCCAUUUGAGAGAUUAAAUCGUGGGGUGAAGGGGUGUUUGGCUUAAACAAUAUUUUCGAAACUUGACAGUAGAGCCAUUUAAAGUUUAAAAUUUGAAGAAAAAUAUCAUGAGAAAAAAACUUCUUCAGCUAUUUGAAUGGUGUAAACUUAAUUGAAGUUCAAUUAAAAACAUUGCAUUGGUCAUGUUAAUACUAAAUAAAACGGACCCUUACUUACAAAGAUAAAUGUCGCGUACUAAACGAAAUGUCGCUAAAUAAAUAACCUUUCACCCCUCGAAAUAUUCUGCUAAUGCUAAUUUGGUUUGCUGUUUGUCUGUACAGAGACAGCGAAAAUAGCACGGAGGAUUAUUCCGUAUGCGGGUUUGUAGAGAUAAAAAAAAUGUAAAAAAAAAGACCAAUGAAACUAAACUGAUAAUUUAACUACUAAAAUGACCGUAACUAACUUAGUUCAUAAUGAAAUAGGUUUAUCUUGAUUUUGACGGGUAUACAAUCUAAUCUGUAUUUUCGAUGCUUAGAUCUAGAAUUUCACGCAAGUAUCCACAGUUUGAAAGAAGCCAGCUAAGACUUUAUCAUCCCGGACUUUAUCAUCUAAAUAGAUUGCGCUUUGGCCAUAAUACUGCACCGUCGCACCUUGCUAGUUUUGGCAAUUUAUGUACACACUAUGGAUCCAAAGAUAUCACCAUGGAGCAUCUUAUUUUUGACUGUCAAAACUUCUUGCUUGACAGAGAUUACUAUUGGCUAGUGAACUCAGUGAUGUGAAAAUUAAGUCCGAUUCUUCAUCCCGCCCGCCACUACUUGCUGAGUUAUUAAAAUACAAAAACACUGACAAACCGAUAUAUAAAUAUAUUAAAAACAGUAUUAAAACUAUUUAACAUUAAAAUGAAGAGGUGGUGCAGUUUUCAUUAAAAUUAAAACAAGACUUGACCUAAAGGUCCUAGUUACCAGGUCAUAAAACCCCUUAAAAAAAGUAUCAACAGCAGUAGGGGCGAAUCGUGAUUGGGAUUCGCUUGGGUCCAAUAAGACGCCAACAUUUUUAACUCUUCUGUAAAAAAAACUCACUCAAAAUAAAAUAAAAACGAUCUGGAAAGGAAACUUGGGUGAAAAUAGUAGAUGAAUUAGUUUUCGACUCAAAUAGACAAUGUUAUUGCUAAGUCAGUCGUUUGUCGAGUAGCUUUUGUAAGCCGUCACUACGAAACGAUAUUAGGGAUGUCACAGAAAAGUAAUAAAGAAUUAAAAUACUACGAGUCGUUUUAAGCUUUCGCGGCUAUCUACAUUACACAUACUAUUAUUAUUAGGAAUAUUGUGUUCUUUUUUUUUAUAAUAAAUAAAUUUAAUUCUAUUAUUAAAAAAAUUAUAUAACCUGUAUAAUAUAUAACUUCUUUGACGGAAUUUAUACUUUUGUUUGAAGCAGUUAAGAUUAAUAUCUGUAACAUCCCUGAUAUCAUUAGGCUAAGUACUUUUCUACGGUACAGAUUUAUAUAUUUCUAAUUAUUAGAUUUUUAUCUUGUGUACCAACAUAAAAUAUAGAAAUACGAAAUACUGAUUACCCAAUACGAAAACGUAUGUUCGAAAAUAAUAAUAUUGCGCUCAGUGUGCUUAGUGCGAGUUUUUUAACGUUCUCGAUAACGUAAAAGUUAACGCAAAGUAUGGAGUUGGAAUGUUUGCGUACGUUUGCCGCUAGGGGAGCUGGUUAAACCAGCGUUAAAAAACUCGCACUAAGCACACAGAACAAUAAUUUUGAAAAUUUAUAAGAUAUUAAAAAUCUGACUUUGAAACAAAAUGAGACUUCGUAUUUAUUGACAAUAUGAAAUAUUUCACUUUUCAAAAUAUAUUUUUUUUUACUUAAAAUACACACAAUACUUGCGCAAUACAUUCCUAAACAAACCUAUUCGUUAUAUAUAAUUAUAUAACAUAACUACAUAAUGAACUAUGUAUAUUAAACAUUAUAUUUAUUUUGUUUUAUGUAUCUACCAAUAGAAGUCAGUGUCUAAUAGAAAAAAAUGCAUUUCAAUUUUCAUUUAGUUGCCUACACUAAAAUAAAUGAGUGUGCUCAUUAUCAAUUGUGCGAUGUAGUCGAGACAUUGAAUGACAAGUUCAGUCUUUAUUUGUACCCAGCUUAGAAUUUAUGAGCAAUUUUAAAGAAAUAUUGCUAAUGCUAAAAAUAAUUGCGUAUCUACCGUAUGUACUUCCAUUACAUUUAAAUAGUAAUAGGCUCGGGAAAAAGCGUCUCAUGAGAAUUCUGAUAUUUGGAUUGGCUGACAUUCGCUUUCACAACACUUCAAAGAGGUGUAUACAAAGUUUUUUUUUUCGUUUUGCGACGUUAGAUGUAAGAAGAACGGUCUUAUAUGAGGCUCCCCCCUCUUAAAACGCAGUUCUUCUGUCCAAAAAAUGUCCAGGUGCGAACAGAAAAUUGCAACUUUAAAAUCCAUAAAAAAGCGCUAGUGAAAGCGUUGUGUUAAAAACGUGGGGCAGUUGUAUAGGAAGAGUUGUGCAGAGUUAAAAAAUAUAUUUGGCGCUAACUUUGUUAAGUUAAAACACUCGCCACAUUUGCACCAACCUAAAUUACUAAUUAGUCGCUUUUUCGGAGAUGAUCUCCAAAAUUGUACUCUUCAUAAUUUAAUAAGGGUUUUCUUUCUCAAACUAAUUUAAAUAAAAAAUAACCUUAAUUUUUUAUAAUAAGCACAUUGCUGUGAUUGAUGUGAUAUCAACGAUUUAUGAUUUUGUUGUUGUUGUAAAUAUUGCAAACAGAAUAGCGUACUGACAUUCCGUUUUGUAGAAACACAGAUGAGGUCAGCCAGUAAAUUGCUAAAUUCAAAUGGAAAUACAAACAGAUUUUUUGCGUAACUUUUACUUUGUUUUGAUCCGCAAAACUCGAAAGUGUUGAAAUCAUUUUAAAAUUAUGUUAAUUAGUCUUACAACACUGAACGUGUUUACUUAAAUCCUGGUUGAAUAUAUUAAGUAAAUGAACAUUGAUCCCGUACAUAUAUACUUUUCUAACACGAGACUUAGGUAAUGUACGAUCCGUCAAGCUUCUGACAUGUUUGCGGGUCUUAAAAUAAACUGUUCAAACGCGGACUGCGUUCGAGUAUUGUCAGACCGGGUACCGCUAAUGCAAAUGUAGAUGAUGAUCGAAUAGGGGAUAUUUAAUAAUACACUGUACCCCAAUGUACUAGAGAUGUUCUUAAAAAAUCUUCUGAUUACCAUUUCUCGUUCGUGAGCCUAAAAUCCAUUUUUAAUUCACUCAUCCACUUAAGAUCAACUCUUCGGAAAUAAUUUCGCAAUGACCCGAAAAAGGCUUGUUCGAAGCUUUGAUAUUCGAAAUAGCGCUGGCAUAAGCUGUUUCUUAUCCUAGUAGACGUGUUUUAGUUCCUGGGUAUCAAUAGAGGAUCGACAAUAGAGUCAGACGUGUUAGUUGUCUCAACCGCCACGCUUGGGGUUGACGAUGACAGUAUGCUGUAAUACUACUCGGAGAACGUUGUGGGUAGGCCUCCCACGUGAUGAACGACAUGGUAAAGGACGCCAGAAUCUGCUGGAUGCGUAGGUUCGAAGGUUUUGUGGGACGUCAAUGUCCAGCAUUGGACGUCUGUGGGCUGACGAUGAUGAAUAGUAUAGAUGUUUUGUAACAUUUAAAUCUAUAAUAAAAACGUAUUAAAUUGCUUAUCUUGUAAGACAUCUUGAAGAACGCAGUACAUUAUUUAAAAUUAACGCUUCGACGUAAUCUUUUAGCCAAAUAAAUUUUAAUGUGAAUGUUGCCUGCGUAUUAUUUCACAUUUUAAUUUAAGCAAGUCAGAUAUUUUGCUUGUAUUCGCGUUCUCUUUGUGUGAUCGGUAUUUAAUUCAUGUUAUUGAAUUGUGUCAGUGUUUCUAUUAAGCGUUCUACAAUGACUUAAGGAGACUAUGUGACAAUAAAUAAAUUAUUGAUGGAAUAAAGUAAAUGUUUUAUUUUCUGCUAUUUUGUGGUCCACAGACAACCACAUUUGUGAACGACAAAAACGUACCAGUAACAAAUACCAUCACUUUGCCUAUUUCUGUCGUGAAGCCGUAAUGUAGCGUUUAGAUUUGAAUCUAUGCGAUGAUUUGCAAGCGAAGUAAACUGUCCCUUAGAAAUAAGGUGACACUCUACAAAACUUGCAUACGCCCUGUCAUGAUUUAUGCAAGUGUAGUGUUCGCUCACGCGGCCCGCACUAACUUAAAACCCUUUCAAAUUAUUCAAUACCGUCUUUGCAGGAUAGCCGUCGGAGCCCCGUGGUUCGUCAGGAACAUCGACCUGGACCUAGAGUCCAUCAGUAAGUAUCUACAGUCGGCAUCAAUGCACCGAAAAAGCGGCACGAUACGAGAAUCCUCUCAUCGUGGUCGCCGGGAACUACAUAGCCGAUCCUGCGGGCCAAAUGUUACACAGUCGACGUCACCCAAAACACGUAUUUUGGAUCCUUCCGGUCCACUAACGGUGAUUUUAGGUACCUCAAGCACCGGUAUCGUUCUGGUCGAACCUGUCGCUUGCGACGAAAGGCUCGGCGAGUAAAUUAACCCACAGACACAGUUCUUUGAGUUUCUCGCCGGAUCUUCUCAGUGGGUCGCGUUUCCGAUCCGGUGGUAGAUUAUGCGAAGCACGGCUCUUGCUAGGGUUCGUGUUAGCAACGUCGUUAGGUUUGAGCCCCGUAAGCUCAUCUACUAGAUCGGCGAAUCUAGAAUAACCCCUCGAGGUUACUAGAACAGGUAGGAAAAAAAAUUGAUUUGAAGGGAUUGUGGUUGGACUGUAAAAACUGAAACCUUAAAACUCUUAGUAACCACUUAGCACCAGGUGAGCCGUGAGUUUGUCCACCCACCUUAUUAUUUAUUAUUAUUGACACUCCACAAUCCCAUAUUAAUAAAUAUUAUUAUUUUAUAACAGAAUAUAAGGUCUUGGUUUAAAGGUCCCGUUACCAGGUCAUAAAAUAAAAAUGACAUUGACAGAUCGAUAUCAUUGACGUAUUGUGCGUACCAAUUGAAAUAUGCGGUGUUGGUUUUGGAAUUUGGAUUUUAAAUAGUUUAGGCACGUAGUUUAUGUAGUAUUUGUUUUGUUUUGAGCAUUUUACAUCGUUAAUACCACACGUAAUUUUAUGGUACAAAAUGGUAAAAUUCGGUAAAAACAAAUUCAAAGUUCUCAACAAGCUAACCAAGAGACAGAGCGAGUCUGUUGCGCUUAACAACAAAAUAUUGAAAAAGAAAAUCAACGCUGAAAAAAAGGUUUCGUUUCAAAAGGAAGUUUUACUUAAAGAAGCCGCUUCCGAAAACAACAGUUUAGUUAAAAAGUUAAGUUUUAAAGAUUUGUUAACGAAUGAACUGAGUAAGACAGAUAAAAAUAAAAAACCUAAGGAAGAAAACGUGACGAAGAAAAAAUUAAAACCUGUUGAAAAACAGAAAAAGCGCCAAAAAACACAAAUCAAUGAUACAAAAUUAUUGCUAAGUCUAAUGAAAAAGAAAUAGGUUCAGUUACCUAUAAGCAAUAAUUUAACUGUAUGUAAAAUAUAAAAUAAAAAUGUUAUUGUAUUAAGGAAUUCAUAAUAAACAUAUUGUCUAGAUAA